AUGCUUCGUCGCAAUCCCACGCGAAUUGAGCUGAAACCGGAGGAUCGGGAGGAGUAUUUUGAAGCCAGACGACUCGCAGCCGCCGCCGCCGCUGCCGCUGCAGCUAGUGCUCCCGGAACCAGCGGUGUGGGAGGAGGUGCACCUUCGGUGAACCUUCUUGCAGCAGCGCGGUUGGAUUCUGCGUUUCAGGGGAGCCGAGCAUCUGGGAGCGAGGAGUGGGUUGCUGCAGGUGGUGGUGCGGAGGAGCAAGGGGCCCAGCCGUUUGAUGUGGAGCGGUGUUGGGCCGCACGGUCUUCCCAGUGCGCCGCCUGCUGCCCCUCCGCUCUGCGCUCUCUCACCGACCGACCUCUCACCCCCCUCCACCCCUCUCCACCCUUCCAGACCACCCGGUGCCAUGUAAGCCGCACGGUCUUCCCAGUGCGUCGCCUGCUGCCCCUCCGCUCUGCUCCUGGUGACAGCGCAGGCAUCACCGCAAGGGAUGACGCUCCCGUUAUUUUUAACGAGGUGGAAUAUUCCCCGGACGGACUCGCCGUGCUCAAGCACGACCCGCUGCUGGCGUCCCACGAGCCCCACCUGCGCUACCGCUACGCCCAGUUCCUCAAGCUCAAGAGGGCACUGGAGCAGCAUGAGGGAGGGUUGGAACAGUUUUCCCGAGGCCGAUCCGCUGCUGGCCUGCCCGAGCCCCAUCUGAGCUAUUCCUACGCCCCGUUCCUCAAGCUCAAGAGGGCGCUGGAGCAGCACGAAGGGGGGCUGGAGCAGCACGAAGGGGGGCUGGAGCAGCACGAAGGGGGGCUGGAGCAGUGCUCCCGAGUCGGUGUAUUCCCUGGCACCUCCCUCACCCUCGCCCCCCCGUCCCCCCUGCUGGCCUGCCACGAGCCUCAUCUGCGCUACUGCUAUGCCCACUCCCUCAAGCUCAAGAGGGCGCUGGAGCAGCGUGAAGGGGGGUUGAAGCAGUUUUCUCCGAGUGCGGCCCAGCUAGUGGGUGACUUUAACGGGUGGAAUGGCGAGUCGUGCUGGAUGGAGCGCAACCACUUCGGCGUGUGGUCCGUGCGGCUACCAGACAGAGACGGCCGCCCGGCAAUCGCGCACGGAUCGCGCGUGAAGAUCCGGCUGCAGAAGGGGGACGGCGGAUGGGUGGAGCGAAUCCCGGCUUGGAUCAAAUGGGCUACAGCUGAGCCGGGGAAGAUGGGGGCGUGCUACGAUGGCAUCUACUGGGACCCUCCGGCUAAGGAAAAGUACCAGUUCAAGUGCCCGCGCCCACCCAAGCCUGACGCCCCACGGAUUUAUGAAGCCCACGUGGGGAUGAGUUCGGAGGAGCCUCGAGUGGCCUCCUACGUGCAUUUCGCCAACUCUGUACUCCCACGCAUCAAGGCCGCCGGCUACAACACCAUCCAGCUCAUGGCCUUCAAGUGCCCGCGCCCACCCAAGCCUGACGCCCCGCGCAUUUACGAGGCCCACGUGGGGAUGAGUUCGGAGGAGCCUCGAGUGGCCUCCUACGUGCAUUUCGCCAACUCUGUACUCCCACGCAUCAAGGCCGCCGGCUACAACACCAUCCAGCUCAUGGCCGUCGCCGAGCACUCCUACUACGCAUCCUUCGGUUACCACGUUACCAACUUCUUCGCCGUCAGCUCCCGAUCCGGCACCCCGGAAGAUCUCAAGUAUCUGGUGGACACGGCGCAUUCCCUCGGGAUUCGCGUGCUCAUGGAUUUGAUUCACUCCCAUGCGAGCAACAACGUCUCCGACGGGCUCAACGGGUUUGAUUUCGGGCAGUCUGCGGCCGAUUCGUACUUCCACACGGGCGAGCGGGGGUAUCACAAGCUGUGGGACAGCCGGUGCUUUAAUUACUCCAACUGGGAGGUGCUGCGGUUUCUGCUCUCCAACCUCCGGUAUUGGCUUGAGGAGUUUCAGUUCGACGGGUUUCGCUUUGACGGGGUGACGUCUAUGCUGUACCACCACCGGGGUAUCGGAAUGUCGUUUUCUGGAGAGUAUCACGAGUAUUUCUCGACGUCUACGGAUGUUGAUGCGGUGGUGUAUCUCAUGCUGGCAAAUGAUUUGAUUCACGGGGUGCGGCCUGAUGCGACGACGAUCGCGGAGGAUGUGUCGGGGAUGCCGACGCUGGGCCUGCCGGUGCCGAUUGGAGGGGUGGGGUUUGAUUACCGGCUUGCCAUGGCGAUUCCUGACCGUUGGAUCGAGUAUUUGAAGGAUCGGAGGGACGAGGAGUGGAGCAUGCGGGAGAUUGUUCACACGCUGACGAAUCGGAGAUAUACGGAGAAAUGUGUUGCCUAUGCGGAGAGCCAUGACCAGGCCCCCCUUCCCAGUCCACCUUCUCCCCCCGUCCCGUCCUUUGUGCGUCACCAGUCAAUGGUGGGAGACAAGUCCUUCGCCUUCCUUCGCCUUCACCCCCGCCCCUCCGUCUUUGUUUCCCAUCAGUCCAUGGUGGGAGACAAGUCCUUCGCCUUCCUCCUCAUGGACUCACGCAUGAUCCUCCACAUGUCCUCAAUGGUGGGAGACAAGUCCGUCGCCUUCCUGCUCAUGGACUCACACAUGAUCCUCCACAUGUCCGUGCUUGAGAGGCCAACCCCCCCUGCCUCCAUGGUGGGAGACAAGUCGUUCGCCUUUCUCUUAAUGGAUUCAGACAUGUAUUUCCACAUGUCUGUGCUUGAGAAGCCCACUCCUGCUGUCUCCAUGGUAGGAGACAAGUCGUUCGCCUUUCUCUUAAUGGAUUCAGACAUGUAUUUCCACAUGUCUGUGCUUGAGAAGCCCACUCCUGCUGUCGAGAGAGGCGUUGCUUUGCACAAGAUGAUUCAUUUCAUCACCAUGGCGCUGGGAGGCGAUGGCUACCUCAACUUCAUGGGCAAUGAGUUUGGGCAUCCCGAGUGGCUUGACUUCCCCAGGGAGGGCAACAACUGGAGCUACGACCGCUGCCGGCGGAUGUGGCACCUCCGAGACGACAAGCUGCUGCGCUACCAGGUGGGUGCAAUGCGGUGCCAGCACAUGAAUCGGUUUGACCAGGCAAUGAACGCUCUGGAUGAGAAGCAUCACUUCCUUGCUGCCGACCAUCAGAUCGUGUCCAGUGCAGACGAGAAGGACCGGGUGAUUGUGUUUGAGAGGGGCGAUCUCCUAUUCGUCUUCAACUUCCAUCCCACCAAAACCUACGAGGGUCGUUGCUUGUGCGUCCUCCUUUUGAGACACCUCAUUAGUCCCUCGCUGCUUGUGCUCCCUUUUCACUCUCCCCGCCCCCUUCUCCUUUUAGCCUUCAACUUCCAUCCCACUAAAACCUAUUAUGGGUACGUCUCUCGCUCCCCAUGCACCCCUUCUCGUGCAGUCUCCUCCUCGUUUCCUCGGCCUGGCUUCACAGGUACAAGGUCGGAUGCCCAGAGCAUGGCAGGUGGUGAGUGGUGCACGUGCGACUAUCUUUCACUCACUCUUUCAAUGCUCCUCUCAUCCCGCUCUUGUCCCCAUUCCCUCGCCUGGCUUCACAGUCACAGGCACAAGGAUGGAUGCAAGGAGCCUGGCAGGUGCUACAAGGUGGGGUGCAAGGAGCCUGGCAACUACAAGGUGGGGUGCAAGGAGCCGGGCAAGUGGCGAGUGGUUCUGGACAGUGACGCCAUUGAAUUCGGGGGCCAGGGGCGGGUGAGUAAAGUGGGUAGAGGAGCGGCGGAGUGA